AUCGAUGUCUACACCAGUGUUUGACAAUGGACCUUAUGGCCCCAAACCGAAAGGACUCACUGUAGCUAUUCGAAGCGACUCAAGCUUAGAAGCUAGCGGAGAUGUUCCAGACAAGGAUUCACUUACGGAUAGUCAAUGUCAAAGCCCAACACAAGGAACAGAACUUCAAGAUCAAACAUUACGCCUACCGUUCCCAAGAUUACUAGCAGCUUACCUUUGCCUCGCUUCUAUCUAUUUUAUUUCUACCCUUGACAUCAACUCUGUUGCUACUGCUCUACCUUCUAUUUCUACCUCCCUAAACGCCGGUAACACAAUCACAUGGACGGGUACUGCUUAUGUUAUGGGACAAACCGCUUUUCAACCCCUAUAUGGACGACUAUCUGAUAUAUUUGGCCGAAAGGUUGUUUUGAUCACCUCUAUAUGCUCUCUUAUCAUUGGUGACCUUCUCUGUGGAUUCGCUCAGAAUCCAAUAUGGCUUUAUACCUGUCGAUCGUUAAGUGGUAUCGGUGGUGGAGGGAUUAACUCGUUGGUACAGAUAACCGCUAGCGACUUGGUUAGUCUGAGAGAUAGGGGGAAAUAUCAAGGUAUUCUAAGUGCUGGUGUUGGAUUGGGAGCUGCUACAGGCCCAUUUAUCGCCGCUGCUAUUAUGCAGAAUACUACGGAUGGUUGGAGAUGGAUCUUUCGAGUUCCCCCUAUUCUCGCAACUGCGUGUGCCGCCGUUAUGUGGUUUUCUCUUCCUUUGAAACCAGUUACCGGUAGUUGGUCGGAGAAGGUUCGAAAGAUUGACUGGUGCGGUCUAUUCCUUGGAGUGACUGGUGUUUUAUUCCUCAUAAUACCAAUCAACUCAGGUGGAAGUACAUUUCCAUGGAACCAUCCUGUCGUCAUCGCAUUGCUCGUUAUAGGGGGUACUUUUAUCAUCCUAUUUGGCGUAGUAGAAGCUCGACUAGCCAAGUUCCCCCUUAUCCCAUUACGUUUGUUCAACAGAUUAUCCACCAGUACGAUUUAUUUGCAGAGCUUCCUAUAUAAUGGAGUAUGGCAAAUCAACAUUUACUUCUUGCCUAUCUAUUUUCAAGAUGUUAAGGGAUACAAUCCUCUUCAAAAUGCUAUGCUUAUGCUACCAUUGUUAUUAACUCAGGCUGUUGCGGCAUUGGUAGCUGGUCAAAUCACUUCAAAAAUCGCUAGGCCUGGCCCUGUCGUAUCAGGUGGUCUAGUCUUGUGGUUAUUGGGGGCUGGUUUGAAAGUGAUGUUUUCACGGACUACGUCGCCUGGCGUAUCUGUAAUAUCGUUAUUUAUCGAAGGAACCGGUAUUGGAUUCGUACUUCAGCCAGCUCUGGUCGCUUUACAAGCUUUAUCCAAAAAGGAAGAUAGAGCCGUUGCUACAUCUACGCGAAACCUCAUGCGUAUGUUAGGGUCGGUUUUUAGUUUGGCAGUAGCAAAUACUGUUCAAUUCGAAUUUAUGAAGCUAGGUUUAUCCGAUACGAUACCCACCACUCUUCGAUCUCGUGUAAUUGAAGGGUUAUGGGAAAAGGGUGAACCGGGUUCCGAAGCGUGGGAAUCCGACAUUCUGGACGCAAAGCUCAACGGACUACGCGCCGUUUUUAUCAUGAUGGUUCCUAUGAUAGCUAUAUGUCUUUUGGGUUGUAUCUUAAUCCCCAAUGUUAAAUUGAUGGGAGACCCGAAAGCCAAUGCGUCGGAAAAGAAGGGAGAGGACAAGAUCACGGUUUAA